GCUUAGCUAACAGAGCUCUCUCGACAAUUCUUAUUGGGCUUUGAGCAACACUAAGUGCUGUUCAUAUAUUUAUCUCUCCUUCCCCCUGUGUUUUUUGAACUCUUCACUCACUUGAGGUGUCUAUAACAUUGCAUCAUCUCAAAAUUUGAUCUUCUGCUAUUCCGCCAUUGAAGCUGAGGGAGUAUGUCUCGCGUUUGUGUCAAGAAUUUACCUAAAUAUGUUGCAGAGGAUCGUCUCAGAGAGUUCUUCUCUCAGAAGGGAGAAGUAACCGACGCCAAACUCAUGCGAACCAAAGAUGGUAAGAGUAGGCAAUUCGCUUUCAUCGGUUUUCGAACUGAAGGAGAAGCUGAAGAAGCUCUCAAGUUCUUCAAUAACUCAUACCUGGAUAACAGUAGACUUACAUGUGAGGUUGCUCGUAAAGUUGGGGAUCCAAAUAUGCCUCGACCAUGGAGUCAGUAUUCUGCAACAAAGCAAGAGAAAGUGGCCCAAGAGAAAAAGGAAAACAUUGGUUCCAAAAGCUUAAGCCAUGUGGAUACCAAGGGAAUUGUUCAGAAUUCUAAAAGAAGCAGCGAAAAUAAUGACCCACAGCUUCAGGAGUUUCUUCAGGUUAUGCAGCCUCGAAUUAAGUCAAAGUUGUGGGCAAAUGAUUCUGUGGGAGUUCCCCUUCUUGAACCAGGUGGUAAGGCUGGCACAAAACAGAAACGGUUGGAUGAGGCAGAAGUACAACAAUCGGGUUCAAAUCAGGUUGAAUAUGAUGAAAAUGAUAAAAGAGAAAAUGGGUCAUCGAAUGCUCAUGCAGCAAAGCAGUCAGAUAAUGCACUCAAUGACGAGGUUGUCUCAGACAUGGAUUAUUUCAAGAGCAGAGUUAAGAGACAAUGGUCGGAUUCAGAAAGUGAUGAUGAUUCACCCAUUGCAAACAAUGAUCAUGCUAGUGAGGAGUUAGAUAUGGAGGAGCAAUGUGAAGCCAAUCAAAAUGAACUGCCAAAAGAUAAGGUUAAAAAGGGGGCCUCUUCUGAAAACUUUGAUGGUGAAGGAGACCUAUCAUCAGGACUAAAAGAUGCAAGAGAAGAAGUUCUAGAGACUGGCCGUCUCUUUGUUCGCAAUCUUCCAUAUAGUGCAACUGAGGAUGAUUUGGCAGAGCUCUUCAGCAAAUUUGGCAAUGUCUCACAGGUCCAUCUAGUAGUUGAUAAAGACACCAAGCGGUCUAAAGGAUUUGCUUAUGUUCUUUAUACACUUCCAGAAUCUGCUCUUAGGGCAUUGGAAGAAUUAGACAAUUCUAUUUUCCAAGGCAGAUUGCUGCACAUUAUGCCGGCAAAACAACAAAAUCCUUCUGAGAAGCAAGAGUCUAGUGUUGCUGCUGGUCAAGCUUCAAAAACUUUUAAGCAACAGAGGGAGGAACAGAGGAAAGCAUCUGAAGCUAGUGGAGAUACACAAGCAUGGAACAGCUUGUUCACGCGCGCUGAUACGGUUGUUGAAAACAUUGCCAGGACACUUGGUGUCGAUAAAAGUGAUCUGCUUGACCGUGAAGCAGAUGAUCUUGCUGUGCGUAUUGCUUUGGGAGAAACCCAAGUGAUUGCAGAGACCAAAAAUGCUCUGAAUAAUUUGGGAGUAAACGUUACUGCAUUGGAAGCAUUAGCUGUUGGUAAAACUGUUGGCACUAGAAGAAGCAGCCAUGUUAUUUUAGUGAAAAAUUUACCAUAUGGUUCUUCUGAAGGAGAUCUUGCUAAGAUGUUUGGAAAGUUUGGGAGUUUGGAUAAAAUUAUUUUACCCCCGACAAAAACAUUGGCCCUGGUUGUUUUCCUUGAAGCAGCUGAAGCACGUGCAGCUUUCAAAGGCUUAGCAUAUAAACGUUACAAAGAUGCUCCAUUAUAUUUGGAAUGGGCCCCCAACGACGUUCUUAGUUUGAGUGCAACAUCAGAGACCAAGUCACAAAGUAAUGCCAUUGUUGGUGAAAAAGAUGUCAAGAGAGUGUUACUAGAGCAGCGUGUGGAAGGAUUAUCAGAAGUGGAUAUUGAUCCUGAUAGAAUUGAGUCUCGAUCUCUAUUUGUCAAGAAUCUGAAUUUCAAAACAUCUGAUGAGAGUCUGAGAAAGCAUUUUAGUGAAAAUGUGAAGGAAGGAAAGAUCCAGAGUAUCAGGAUAAAGAAGCACCUGAAAAAUGGGAACACUCUCUCAAUGGGUUUUGGUUUUAUUGAGUUUGAUUCUGUAGAAACUGGGACAAAUGUGUGCAGGGAUUUACAGGGAACUGUUUUGGAUGGACAUGCUCUUAUUUUGCAACUUUGUCAUGCCAAGAAGGAUGGGCAAGUGGCAAAAAAAGUUGAUAAAGAUAGGAGUUCAACAAAAUUAAUUGUGAGGAAUGUUGCUUUUGAGGCUACAGAAAAAGAACUAAGGCAACUAUUUAGUCCAUUUGGCCAGAUUAAAAGUUUAAGGCUGCCGAUGAAGUUGGGAAGCCAUAGAGGCUUUGCAUUUGUGGAGUAUGUCACAAAGCAAGAGGCGCAGAAUGCACUUCAAGCUCUUGCAAGCACCCAUCUAUAUGGUCGCCAUCUGGUAUUGGAACGAGCAAAAGAAGGUGAGAGUUUGGAAGAACUACGGGCUAGAACUGCUGCACAGUUCACUGAUGAGCAAAAUGGGUUUCAGAACCCAACUAAGUUGUCCAAGAAAAGGAAACAAUUGGCUCUCGUUGAAGAAGGCAAUAUUAAGUUUCAAAGGAUUGCAGCUUAGUGCUUCAGACAAUUUUGUGGCGUAGAAGUCUGAAAGCUAAAGUGAGUUGUCUCAUCGAUCACACAAGUUACUCUGUAUAUGAGUUAUUUAGAUGAAAGCAUCUACAGCCAGUUUUCCUGUUUAGGAGUC